ACAGAUUUCACUUUUUUCAAGGGAGGUGGAUGUGGCCUUAUGAGGAGAGAAAAGGUUCUCUAUUCAGUUGUGGAGUGCAUGAAUGAUGUGCUGGAUAUACCUUUGACUAUAAAGAUGCGAACGGGAGUGUAUAGCGAUAAGAAUACUGCGCAUAAGCUCAUAAGCGGUCUUUGUGAUCGUGGAGUAUCUCUAAUAACUGUUCACGGACGCUCGAGAGAGCAACGCUACACGCGCUCUGCUGAUUGGAACUAUAUUGAAACAUGUGCUGCGCUAGCUGGACAAACACCACUUUUUGGCAACGGAGAUAUACUCUCUUACCAGGAUUAUGUUGAAGCGCGAGAAAAUUGUCCUUCUAUCUCUGGAGUCAUGAUUGGCCGUGGUGCUCUGAUUAAGCCAUGGAUUUUCACAGAGAUAAAAGAGCAGAGAAUCUGGGACAUAUCAAGCUCAGAACGUUUUGAUAUUAUGAGAAAGUAUGUCAACUAUGGUCUACAUCAUUGGGGCAGUGACACAAAGGGUGUGGAAAAUACUCGUAGAUUCUUAUUGGAGUGGUUAUCAUUUCUGUACCGUUAUAUUCCUGUUGGUUUACUGGAACGUCCGCCUCAAAAAGUGAACCAGCGACCUCCAUUCUACAGGGGGAGGGAUGACUUGGAAACUCUCAUGGCAAGUCCAAAUUCUGAUGACUGGGUCAAAAUUAGGUAUGUUUCUUCACUUAAAUAAUUUGGACAUUGAGCU